AUGCGGCGCCCCGCUCUCUCGCGGCUGCCGCCGCCGCUGUGGCUGCUGCUGCUGUGGUCGAGGCCGGCCUGGGACCAGACGCCCGCGGCGGCCGCCCCGGGGACCCCGCGCUGCCCCGAGGCGUGCGCGUGCGCGCCGGGCGGCCUGGCCAACUGCUCGGGGCGCGCGCUGCCCGCCGUGCCCGCGGGGCUGACCCCGCACGUGCGCGCGCUGCUGCUGGACCGCAACCGCGUGCGCGCGCUGCCUGCCCGCGCCUUCGAGGGCGCGGCCGCGCUGCAGCGCCUGGACCUGCGCGAGAACGGGCUGCGCCGGCUGCACGCGCGGGCCUUCUGGGGCCUGGGCGCGCUGCAGCUGCUCGACCUCAGCGCCAACCAGCUGGCGGUGCUGGCGCCCGGCACCUUCCAGCCGCUGCGCUCGCUGCGCGCCCUCGCGCUGACCGGCAACCGGCUGGCGCGCCUGGAGCCCGCGGCGCUGGGCGCGCUCCCGCUGCUGCGCGCGCUCAGCCUGCAGGACAACGAGCUGGAGGCGCUCGCGCCGGGCCUGCUGGCCGGCCUGCCCGCGCUCCGCACGCUGCGCCUGCGCGGGAACCCCUGGGUCUGCGGCUGCCGCCUGCGCCCCCUCUGCGCCUGGCUGCGCCGGCACCCGCGCCCGGCGCCAGACGCCGAGACCGCGCAGUGCGCGGCGCCCGGGCUCCCGACGCCCACCGCCCUGGCCGCGCUCCCCGACGCCGCCUUCGCGCACUGCGGGCGGCCGCUCUCCGCGCGGGACCUGGCCGUGGCCUGCGCGCUCGGCCCCGGCUCCUUCCUCGCCAGCCUGGCCGCCUGCCUCGCGCUGGGCGCCGCGGUCACCGCCUGCCGCGCGCGCCGCCGCCGCCCCGAGGCCCGCCGCGCGCCGAGGAGACCCCCGGGCCCCGGGCCCCCCGCCGCGGGCCCCGCCUGA